AUGCAAUCGACCGCGGCCGUGACGCGGCUCAAUCACCUGGCCAUUGCCGUUCCCGACGUCCGGGCAGCCGCUGCUCAGUAUCAAGCCGUGCUGGGGGCCAGGGUCAGCGAGCCCCAGGCCCUGCCUGAACACGGCGUGACCGUGGUCUUUGUGCAGCUGGAAAACACCAAGCUGGAACUUCUGGAGCCUCUUGGGGAGGCCUCCCCUGUGGCCAAGUUUCUGGAAAAGAACCCUGCUGGGGGCAUGCAUCACAUGUGCCUUGAAGUUUGCAAUGUCAAGGCGAGCAUGGCGGCCGUCUCCGAGCGAGUACGCCUGCUCAGCUCAGAGCCCAAGAUCGGCGCACACGGUAAUCCCGUCGUCUUCAUGCACCCCAAGGACAUGGUGGGGGUCCUCACCGAGCUGGAGGAGGUGCCGCGGAGCUGA